CGUGAGGCCGCGGCCCCGACGCCGGGCCCUGGAGGGCCCGCAGCCCACGGCUCCCGGACGCCUGGGGACCCAGACAGGUCCGCUCUUUGCCUCGCGACGGGAUCUCCGAGGACGUCUUUGGCCCGACCUUUCUGAGGCCGCGUCUCAGCUGCGCGCCUGGGGCCCAUCCGGCGCUCAGUAGGACUCAACCCUAAUUCAAGGGAUGAACCCGCGGGCUGGCGUCCGCUGGGCACCUUCCCCACCCUCCAGUAGGAGACUUCGUACUCAUCUCCCUUAAACCAGCGGUUCAGGACCCUACAUCGGGAGCACCGCCCGGGCGACCUUCCUUCUUGGACGGAGCACCGCCUCUCCAGUUUUGGGGGCACCUUGGGGCGUGGUCUUGACUCUGGCUUCUGAGGAGACCCUCAGCUUCACCUGAGCAGUGCCAGGAAGCGGCCUCAGAAUUUGGGGGCUCAUUACGCACUCCAACCAUGUUCCUGCGACGGCUUGCUGGCUGGCUACCUCGCCCUUGGAGUCCCCGGAAACCCAGGCCUGACAUGCCCACCCCAGAACCCCGACGGGUGGACAGCUCCUCUGAGAAUUCAGGGAGCGACUGGGACAGUGCCCCAGAGACCAUGGGAGAUGGGGGGCCACCCCAGAGGAAGGACUCAGGAGCCCGCAGGAGUUCUGGGACUGCUCCACAACCAAGCUGGGAGCCCCAAGUUGAGCAACUGGGGAGCAAAAGAAUGGAUUCCCUCAAGGGGGGUAAGACUGGCACCAGCACUCAAGAGUCAGGAAUACUGCAGGCUGCAGAGGCCAUUCCCAAAAUGGGAUGGGAUCCUGUGGACUCCAGGAGAUCUGGAGUGUCUCCUGAAGGGGGACUGAGUCCCCCUGGGCCUGAAGCGCCAGUGGAGAAGCCUGGCCGGGGUCAGAAGCUGCUGGGCUGGCUGCAGGGGGAACCAGGCGGGGGAGUAGGGGCUCCCUCGAAGUACCUGGGGGGCCGAGAGGAGUGUCUGCAGAUCUCCACCAACCUGACCCUGCACUUGCUGGAGCUGCUGGCAUCAGCCCUGCUGGGGCUGUGUUCACGGCCACUGCGGGCAGCCUUGGACACGUUGGGCCUGAGUGGGCCGCUGGGCCUCUGGCUGCAUGGGCUGCUGUCCUUCCUGGCUGCCUUGCAUGGGCUCCAUGCUGUGCUGAGCCUGCUUACUGCUCACCCCCUGCACUUUGCCUGCCUCUUUGGUCUCCUACAGGCCCUCGUGCUGGUUGUCAGUCUCCGGGCGCCCACUGGGGAUGAGGAGGCCACUGAUUUGCAGGGUGAUAAGCUGGAGAGGGAGGGUGAGGAGCAGAGGGGAGAAUCAGGAAAGAGGCGGUGACCUCAAAAGUGGGCGUGACCCAGCCCCUCCCCCAUUAGUGGGGUGGGAGGAAGGGUGAAGACAGUAUGGCCUUUAAAAGGAGAGAAGGGGGCAUGGCCAGAUUGUAAGCACAGGGACCUCAGGGAUGGGGAAGAAACCCCAGAGUAUGAGGGCACCAUCCCCCCCACACCCACAGGAGAGAACAGCUAGCUGCUCAGGGUGUCUGGGUUUGUGGAUAGUGGGGGCAUAGCCCUUGAAUUCACCAGCUGUUAUUACUUUUUGAUUUUACAUUUCUCCCACCUUCAGUUUUUCCCCCCACCUUCACUUUUUAAAAGCAAAAGCAAAACAAAAGUAGUGGAGGAGAAUAAAGACCAAAGGGUCCUCUCUACCUUUCACGACUCCCCAGGGACAGACAACUCUGGCUGGGUAAGAGGGUGCUUGGGAGACCCAAGGGGUCCCUUGGAUCUUAGGACAUCUAGGGUAGCAAAGGGCUGCUAGGUGGGUGGAUUUGGGGUCCAGAUGGGGCACACAAGUAACAGAGAGCCUGCAGGGACGAUGUGGGUGUUCCUAGGAGCCAGAAGGAGUGGGGAUGGGGCAGGUGGUAUUGGCAGGAGGGCUGUCUCAGGGGCUGGCAGCCCGGACUGGCAGUGUGGGGAAGCACUGGAGCUUGCAGUCCCCGUGCAGGAGUUAGGGGUUGCUCACUCAGCAAUAAAUCACUGUGUCACAUCAAAUCCUAAAUAUACCACUACAAAAAUUGA